CCAUGUUUUUGUCGAAGCCCAUAAAUCCAGAUCUGCUAAAAGACUACAGAAGGCCGAAAGUUGUAAAGCGUGAGAAUCAAAAGAAAGAAGCCAGGAAAAAACAGCCUACACAACCAAUUUUCCGAUGACCGACCGGACCGCAGCUUCACCGGAGACCAAUUCCGUGGCGUCUGACGAUCAAACGGUCGAUCUUGACCUUUCUUCCGAUGUUCUCGAUCUCAGCAGCUUCCAGCUCCACGAUCUCGACUCGAUCGAGUUACCUCCGAGUCUAACGGAGUUGGACCUCACGGCCAACCGGUUAACGAGUCUGGACCCUCGAAUCGCAAACCUCUCCAACCUUAAGAAGCUCUCUCUACGCCAAAACCUCAUUGAAGAUGCCGCUGUCGAGCCCCUCUCUAGCUGGCACGCCUUGUCGGAUAUUGAGGAAUUGGUUUUCAGGGAUAAUAAGUUGACAAAAAUACCUGAUGUCAGCAUAUUCAAGAGUCUUCUAAUUUUUGAUGUUUCUUUCAAUGAGAUUACUGCUUUACAUGGAUUAUCUAAGGUCAGCAACACCCUCAAGGAGCUGUAUGUGUCUAAAAAUGAAGUUCUUAAGAUAGAAGAGAUAGAUCACUUUCAUGAAUUGCAAAUUCUUGAACUUGGCUCCAACAGAUUGCGGGUGAUUGAAAAUUUGGAAACUUUGAAUAAUUUACAAGAGUUGUGGCUUGGGAGGAAUCGUAUCAAGGUAGUUAAUCUAUGUGGGCUGAAAUGCAUAAAGAAGAUUAGCUUGCAAAGUAAUAGAUUAACUUCUAUGAAAGGAUUUGAGGAAUGUGUUGCUCUAGAAGAACUGUACUUGAGCCACAAUGGGAUUUCGAAAAUGGAAGGCUUGUCUACCUUAGUUAACCUACGUGUAUUGGAUGUAUCAUCAAAUAAGCUAACUUCUGUGGACGACAUUAAAAAUCUGACACAAUUGGAAGACCUAUGGUUGAAUGACAACCAAAUAGAGUCACUUGAUGCAAUUGCCGACGCUGUUGCUGGUUCGAAAGAUAAGCUUGUUACGAUCUACCUUGAAAACAAUCCAUGUGCUAAGUCUCCCAACUAUUCUACUAUUUUGAGACAAAGUUUUCCAAAUAUCCAACAAAUUGAUUCCAAUAUCUAUGGUUAAGAGAUUUCAUGGAAUUGGUUUCUAUAAAGGCAGCUUUCUUUAAAGGCCGAAAACCAUAGCUGGUGUAGGACUGGUUCAGAAGGCUUAGCUUGUUCCAGACUUUUAGGAGGCGGACAUGGUGCAAAUAAUGAGUCACUCAACCAUAUAUGAUCUAAAAUGUUAUGAUCAUACGAUGAUUUCUCAUAUUAUGUUUUCAGUUAUUAAUCACCUUUAUUUCUUUGCUUUUUGCCUGGCAAAGUUCGAGAAGUAGCAUUAUAUAAACUCCAUCCUUGAUAUUAUUCUAGGCCAUGGAUUCUAUUUCUAUUCCAAUUAGUGCAUGCUUCAUAUGCUUACAUAACAA